GGCCGCUCGCGUUGCGUUCCGCUCCUCAGAAAAAUCAAAACAGCUGGCACAAAAUCGAUGUGAUUGUUUAUUUUUUACUGAUACUUUUACAAGAUUACUGCGAAAAUUUAUGAUUAGAGUUUCAAUAGAUAUUUAGUUGGUGCUCAAAGUUCAAUUCCACGUCGUUCGUUUAUCGUCGGUGUUGAAUUUAACCAUUCCGGGAUAAUUUUACCGAGUGGUUUGCUGGAAAAGCUAUGACGCCUUACACGCCGUACACCCACUCUACGGAAAUCCGGAAGGUGUUCGAACUGGAUGAGCUGGCCAAUGUGUUGGAGGACGAUUGGCGCACACUGUUCUACCUAAUCCCGAGGAAAAUUGCAGACAUCGAUCAGCCGGCUGGGAGCUAUCCCAUUAGGUACAACGGAACGCACGAGAGCGAGCUAGAUGAAUACGGCAAGGCACAAAACACAGCGCGAGCACGACUUCUUCUGGAAGAAUGGGGCACAUCCGGCCGAAAAGCGGAGCGACCCACAUUGGGUCAUCUGUACGCUCUAGUCGACAAAGGCGGAAUGAUUCGAGCUUGUCGGCACAUAGAAAAGCUUUUGAAAGUACCGGAAUCCGCACAACCGAAUUCUGGCCCGGCAGCACCAAUCGACGUAGAUUCGGAACUGGAUCGUGUGUUGGAGGAGCAAUUGGGGAAGAUUUCCUAUCCGAACUCAACUGCUCUACAAAAUGGAGACAUAUCAAUAACCCAAGCGAAUAACUUGGACUACCAGCUGCCAUCGAAGCGAGAAGAUGUAGUGAAUCCUCCCAAUGCUGUCCCAGAUUCGAUCAUUGAAGGAACACUACCCAUUCUGUCGAGGAGCGAUAACAAUGAGCAAUCAGUCGUAGUACCAAUGCUGAGCGAUUUACUGAGGACUGAUGGAGAAGUUCCGGAAGCCAGCAAAUCUAAUAACGAGAGUACUUCAAGACAGACUGUCGAAGGGGUUACGAUUUCUUCUACAUCCGACAGUGCGAGCGAAAGUAUCAAUUCGACCCCCACACCGACUGAAUCCAUGUCCCGUGUGUUGCCUGUGGUAUUACCGACUAUUCCGGAGGCUGGAGAGUUACCUAAUCUUUCAAUAUUUGGUUCAGCUGCACCAGAAGAAAGCGUGGAAGCCGGAUUACCGGCACUUUCCGCUCUACUUCCGAAUUCUGAAGAUCAACCAAACACGGACCAUUCCUCCAGGCUUUCCACUACGGUUUCAUCCGAGGGAGAUACUAGUACGUCAAACUCUUCGUAUUCAUCCGCACCACGAAGCAGCAAUGUUGAACCACUCGACAUCCCAUCGAACUUAAUUGUAUUUUCUUCGGAACAUCCUGUUGCUGCCAUGGAACCAAUGAUCAAUUUCCCUUUCGCUCUUCUGCAAACUGUCACGGCCAAUUUUGAUAGCAAGCGUUUUACGAAUCGCAAUCCGAUGCAGCCGGAUGGACGAAUUCUAGGGACGGGCGGAUUUGGUGAAGUAUUUUUAGCAUUGAACCUCACCACCACUUAUCCCGUAUCGGCAGUCAAGCGCCUAUUCCCAACUAACUACAAGUACAAAGAAAAAUUCGAAAGGGAGCUUGAGAUACUAUCAAAUUACAACCAUCCAAAUAUCGUCAAAUUGAUUGGUUUCUCGAAAGAUGUGACAUUAUGCUUAGUCUAUGAAUAUCUUCCGGACGGUACUCUGGGAGCGGCCUUGGAAAAGAGCCGGCAAGGACAACUGCAUCUGCCAGUUAAUCGACGAAUCAGUUAUCUGUUGGGAGUUGCUGCUGCUCUGGAGUAUCUGCAUGGUCCAUUGGUGCAGGUUGUUCAUCGAGAUGUAACACUGGCCAACAUCCUACUGCAUGGAGACGUGGCUAAAUUGUGUGACUUUGGAUUGGUCAAACGAAUAGAUAGCAUGACAUCAACGGAGGUAAGUGGAACGGGGCCUUACAUAUCGCCGGAAGCUAUGCGAGGUACUGUCACACCGGCUUUGGAUGUCUAUUCGUUUGGGGUGGUGUUAGCAGAAGUUGUUACUGGCGAAGAAGUCCUCUCUGUGGCAAUACCGGAAGGCACUGGGGAUUUGAUAGAACGUGUCACUGAAAGGGGAGCUGAUUUGGAGAGUAUGGUAGAUCGUAAAGUUACGUCAGGGGAACUAAGUAGAUGGUUAACUAUUGGGAAAGAUCUUCUGAAACUAUCGAACUGGUGCCUACGAGAUAGAUUUAAGCGACCAUCUGCUUCAGCUGUGCGGAGUAGUAUUCAAGAUAUGUUGUAAAGGGUGGUACUUAAAUACAGCCUUGUUGAAGUGUGUUCUUAUAUUUACUUUAGUGCAAUAUUACAAUCUAAAAGUUUUAAAAAUUGAAUAUAGGUAUAUAAUAUUUACUGCAAA